AUGUCAAACCUCUUGAAAGUAAUCGACUAUCACUAUUUUUUAGUGUCUAGUGUGUUAGGUGCCAGCAUCGACACCUACGUAACUGGUGGUGAAGAUGCCUAUCCAGGGCAGUUCCCUUACCAGGUGUCCAUCGAGUACAAGCUAAAUCCAAUAGUAGGCGAGUACAAGCAUGUUUGUGGUGGUGCUAUCAUCAACCAAAAUUGGGUGGUCACGUCUGCCGAGUGUAUAACUCUUAUACCCAGCAUUGGUCAGAUUCAAAUCAAGGCUGGUAAGCAUGAGCUGAAGUUCGAUAGUAAAUACGUUCAGAAGUCUAAUGUAGCGGUCAAGCUCGUGCACAAGGACUAUAGAGGAAGUCUUAUUAACCCCAUCAAGCCCUAUAAUAUUGCUCUGCUGAAGCUUGAGACACCUUUGAAGUUCAGCGAUCGCGUUCAGCCAGUAAAACUUCCAAAGCCUUUUCUACUUCCUAAGGGCAAUGGUCUGUUAACUGGUUGGGGAUCGAUCUCCACAGGUCUCAUUCCGGUUUUACCGAAAGUUUUACAAGUUGCCAAUGUAACCAUCCUUACCGAAGAAACCUGUGAAGACGCGCUCAGAGUCGUAGCACCGAUAAGCACUCUCACAGAUAUACAGUUUUGCACGGGACCCUUGUCGGAGACUAAAACUAUUUGCAUUGGAGAUGCUGGUUCUCCUUUGGUUCAGCUCAAGUGCGAUACCGACGCAGAUUCUCAAAGCCCGGUCUUAAUCGGUAUUGCAUCCUGGUCGCCAUAUCCAUGCGGCAAAACAGGUUCACCAACUGUAUUCACUUUAGUCUCCGCAUUUGUCUCCUGGAUAGAAGAGCGAAUCGCAGAAAACUAA